AUGAAGUUCCGUUUGGCAGACAAGAACGGUAUGCUGGCUCGAGCUGUCCAGAAAGUCCACUCGUUUGAAGUCGAUCGUGUGUUUGAUGAGUUCUCUACGCCGCGGGGCGUGUACAACGAUGAGCUUCGACCUUACGCAGAGAUGGUGGUGAGCCAACUGACCGAUGCUGCCGUGGUGGUGUAUGGCGGACCGGGGACUGGAAAGCGGAGUCUGCUGCUGGGCGCUCCGGGCGGCGAUCCGGGCCUGGCCUCAGUUGCCCUUGCCUCGGUCUUCCAGUUCAUGGAUGCUGAGACCGAGGCGGGCUCGGACGAUGCGUUUGUGGUCCGGCUCUCGCUCGCGCUUGUGCGCGACGAGAACGUGACCGAUGCCUUGAGGCCGCCGGGCGCCGUUGCGGCUGGCGCUGCCGCCGCUGACGCUCUUGCCGCCGACGGUGACAUCAUCUGCUCCGAGGUCAUCAUCGCUUCGCCUGACGAGGGCUUUGCGCUCCUCGAGUCGCGGGCCCGGGCGGUCCACGCCAUGGCCGGCGAUGCCCACGUCGUGCUCAACAUUGCGGUCGAGCGCAUUACCCAUGAGCUGGUCGAGACGCCGGCGCCGUCGCGGUUCUUCAAGAAGCCGCCGCAGCGCAAGCAGGUGCGGUACGAGGCCAAGCUGACGUUUGUGCUGGUGGCCGCGACUGGGUCACACACACCGAUCACGCCCAACGCCAUCUCGCUGCGGCACGACUACGCCAACUCACAGUCGCUGGCUGCACUUGACCAAGUCGUCGACGCGCUGGAGCGCGGCAACCGGCGUGAUGCCGGAUUUUCAAAGUCCAAGCUCACCCGCCAGCUCGAGCGUGCGCUUGUCGGCGACAUUCCGGCCGUCUUUCUUGCCUGUGUUGCGCCGUAUCGCCGACCGCAGCUUGACGCCAUCUACACCAUGCGGUGCGCCAUCCGCUUCCGCGCAUUUGCGCCCAUCCAGCUGCCCAAGCCGCAGCUCGGCAACGUGCUCCUGGUCAAGGCCAACGCGGUUCUGUCAGCGGGCUCCGACUCAGACUAUGAAUCCGAACUUGACUCGCUCGAGCCGCAGCCCGGCGGAGCUGAAGUCGACAACGAGACCCGCAAGCCGUUUGUGCUCACCGUCGGCCGCGGCGAUGACCCCGAGCUGGCUUCGUCGCUGUUGCGCGGCCGGCGCGCCGCAGCCGUUCCGGCCCCGGUCCCGGCCACACCCGAGGUCCGCCCCGAUGCCGCUCUCGAGUCGACUGCCGGUACAGUUAGCGACCCGCUUGCCUCGCUCCGCUCCACCGCUGACGUCAUGGCCAUGGUCCAGUUUAUGAAGGACGCCGUCGAGGCCGAGCUCGACUCGGCCGACCGGUUUGAUCCGCCGCCGGCUGACGAUCCUCUCGCUGCCUUUGAUCCCGAGCUGAUGGCGGCACUUGCCGCCGGCGAUGAGAACGUUGCGCCUGAGUCUGACAGAGCACCCAAUCUUGCGCCGGAGAACAACAAGUCGUCGUCCCGUGUUGGACGCGGCGGCCGCCGGGGCGGGCGUGGUGGGCGUGGCAGGCGUGGUGGGCGUGGCGGGCGUGGCGGGCGCGGCGAGCGCGGCGAGCGGUCGACUCCGCGCAUCACCGAGCUGCAGCAGCAGGCAGCCGCAGCAGCCGAAGCCGAGCUGGCAGGCACGGGUGAACCCGACAAUGGGGCUGGCACCGGCCCUGACUUUGAUCUGUCCACCAACGACGUGGGCAAGCUCAAGGCGCAGCUCAAGGCUGCCAAGGAGGCGCUCGCUGGGAGCAAGUUCUUCCGAGCAGCGAUGAAGAGUUCUGUGGCCAAGCUCAAGCAGCAGUUGACUGACGUCGAGACUGAGCGCGAUGCGCUGGCCGAGAAGUUGCGUGGCAAGGUGGCGCGCGAGAGCAAGCUGCUAUCGGGCAAGGCGACGGGCGCAUCGCGGCAGGUCAAGCAGGCGAACGACAAGGCGCGGGCCGCUGAGGCCGAGGCGGCCAAGCUGAGCAAGCAGGUUCAUGCGCUCAAGCAAAAGUCGCUCCUUCGCGACAGAAAGUGGAAGGAGCAGACGGCGGCCAAGAUUAGCGAGCUGCAUGCAGAGCACGAGGCUGCGGUGGCCAACCUCCGGUCGGCGGCCAAGACCGCCAAGGCCGUGCCAAAGCUCAAGGCGCGCAACGCCCAGCUCGAGGCUGCCCUGGCGCAAAAGACCGAGGAUGUGCGUACGCUCUCAGAUGAAGUCCUCCGCCUCCGGAGCGUGGCGCAGGAGCUCGGUGAGUCGGUCAAGUUUGCACAGACCGCGGGACGGCGGUCCCACGCCAUGCCGGCGCGGGCAGAGGGCGAAAUCGACGGCAUCUCGCGCGAAGCCAUUGCUGCGGCGCUGGCGACGGCCGAGCAGAUGGCGGCCAAGGUCCACGUCAAGGACAAGCAAAUUGCCAAGCUUCACGCUGCGCUGGCCGAGGCCCGGCGGGCCGGAGGCCUUGCGCUCUACGGGCACGGCGAGGCCGCACGGGCGGCACAUCUCGAGCGGGCCGGCGAGAUGGAGAGCCUUCUCAAGUCGGAGCAGGCCAAGCUCGCCGAGGCAACGCAUGGCGCCGACGGCACCAAUCGGCGGGUCCUUGUCCAGCUCGCCGAGUCGCGGGCGGCUGUGGCCAUUGCCGAGGCGACGAUUGCGCAGCUGCGGUCGGCGCUCCUCGACGCCCACGCAGAGCUCGCGCGCUUCUCAGGAGCCGCAGCUGUGCACGAGGCCAACACCUCGCUUGAUGCCUCGAGCCGGGUGCUUGACAGCUCGCUGGCCAUGGACGAGGUCCGGCGGCUCCCGUCCACGGCGGCUGUGACCAUCACCUACGCGUCGCCCAUGAAGCGGUCAGAGGAGCUCGAGCUCGGCGAUGACGUGUCGAGCCUCCUGCAGCGGGCACAGGAGGAGACGCAGCAUGAGCAGUAGUAGCAAAGAGAGUGAGGUGCGAGUCUGUUAUUACACAAUGCGCUCGAG